AUGCCGCGAAAGCUCGUCACAGUCCGGCAAGUAUCAGCCCUCACACCCAUCCCCGGCGCCGACCGCACAGUAGCCGCCUCGGUCGACGGCUGGACAUGUGUCGUCGCCAUUGGAGAAUUCAAGCCCGGCGACCGCGGUCUGUACUUUGAGAUCGAUUCCUUGCUACCCGGAUCGGAUCCCCGGUGGGCAUUUCUGGCAAACCCCGCUCCGGACGACAACGGCCCCACACCGGACAUCCGGAUCAGGACGCGCCGGGUCCGGGGCGUCGUUUCGCAGGGCUUGCUCAUGCCGUUGUCCGAGUUUCCAGAGGUGGUCGCCGCCGCUGAGGGACUCUCACCCGAGGAGCUGAAGGAGACUAGCUUCGAGGACAUGCUCAAGGUCCGCAAGUUCGAGAAUCCCUCGACGUUGUUGCCUGUCUUCGGCGGCGGCACUGCCUUACCCGAGUUUCCAUACUUUAUCCUCAAGACGGACCAGGAGCGUGUGCAAAACAUGCCAGAGGUGUUUGACUCCCACGCAGACGAGGUGUUCCAGGAGACCACAAAGAUGGACGGCUCCUCCAUGACGGUGUUCUACGUCCGCGCCGACAGCCCCCACUACCCGCUCCUGGCCCCGGAGGUUGUAAACGAUCCUACGGGUUGCUUCGGCGUGUGCUCACGGAACCGGACUCUUAUCGAGGGUCACAUAAGAAGUCCGCCGCUCUUCUGGUCCACGGUGCGGAAGCUCAACCUUCCCGCAACCCUCUCGGCGCUGGGUCGAAACGUAGCCAUCCAGGGCGAGCUGUGCGGGUCUAGUAUCCAAGCCAACUACGAGGGCUUUCCCAAGGACACCCACAACUUCUUCAUGUUUUCUGUGUGGGACAUUGAUACCCAGCGCUACCUGCCCCCGAGGGAGGUACAUGAUGAGUGGGCGCCGCGGUUGGGUGUGCCGCACGUCCCUGUGCAUGGAUAUCAGCUGUUGCGAGAGAUUGGAGGGAGCGUGGCUGAGCUCGUCAAGCGGGCUGAGGGCAAGGGCGUCAACGGGAGGAAGAGGGAGGGCAUCGUGCUAAAGCGAGAGGAUGGCGGGUUCAGCUUCAAGGCCAUAUCGAACUCGUACCUGAUCAAGCACGGGGAGUGA